AUGGACACCAGUAUCAUAGUCUCAACCCAACUUUCUUCACUUUUCUCAUCUUCACAGGUCACAUCAAUACCGCUGCAGACUUCACGUCGGAACACUCCUCUGUCACCAGCCCUAAAAGACUCAGAUGCACCUGCAGAACACGCAUCAUAUGUUUCACUUACUCACAUUUCCCAUGUUGGAACGGUUCUUCUUCGUGUUCUUCACGGCGGACUCAUAAUAGAGAUCGUCUCUCUCUCAGCCCAAGUCCCUCCAAUACGUUUCGUUUUCCCGGCUCCGGUCCUGCCAACGCCUGCCAUAUUCACAUGGGACGAGAACGAACUGCACAUCCUUGCAGUCACAGAGAGAGGCUCGCUCUAUCGCUUGGUCUUACCCACAAGUAACCCAUCUCGUCUUUGGCAUGACCAAGUCAGCAAGAACUGGUGUCGUGAAUAUCUCAUUAAGAAUGUCCAAGAGUCUGUCAUGGGUAUUGUUCAGGCGCAAGGGCCACAUUGUGUUGCUAUUGGUUUCAAUUCCGGUGGUUUGUUGCGCAUAGAGACAGAACGAGUUGGUGAUGACAAUAACGAUGAUCUAUGGACAGAAUCGUUGUUUAAUCCUGGCUCUUUCUUCGGUUCGUUGACCGCUUAUCUUCCUAGCUUGCAUUCGGGUAGCUCGAGUGGCUCAGAGAUUAUUUCAAUAACGAGUCACCCUCAGCCCACCGAUCUCGGUCAUAUAUGGACGCUAUCUCGCGACAGAACCCUCCGUCUUUGGACUGCGAAAGGAGGUUGUGUUGCUGCAAAAGCUUUAUCAUCUCCUGGCAGGGCUUCUUCUCCAGCUCCGGGAUCCAAUCCCGUCAAAUCUCAUGUACUCCUCGAGGCCGAUCCACGUAUUCUGAUACGAAUAUUCUCAACUGCUUCCUUAGAAGACAGCAUAUAUGUCCUGGCGUUCACUCCGACUCCUUCGGCGCCUCAUUCUGGCGGGUUUUUCCAGUUGUUUGAUUCUUCGAACGAAUAUAUGCGCGAAAUUCAGACGAUCGAAUGUUCAUCUAACAGUGUUCAUUGCUACUUGCAAGAUUUCAUAGUGGUAUCAGGUGUUCUAUACACGCUAUGGGACCGCCAAGGUUCAUCUAUGACCGAACAAACUGCGAUGCCUUCAAUAGACAAAGUCAAGCAGGCUCCAUACGAACCCAAUUGGAAGUCUGCUUCAUACGCACAAGAAGUAGAAUUGACGCCUGCGUAUCUCGAUGAACUUCUUCUUUCUCCAGGUUCUUUGACAGGCAGAUUCUUAGAAGCUAUCUUGAGACCUGGCAUGUUUUCUGCUCUAACAUUGCGCACCGCAAUAGACCAGUAUACUGAUGCAUGCAUGUCACUGCCUGGGCAGCCGCCGUCUCCAUUAUUAACGACUUACGGUACUAUAGCAGAGAAUAUCGCCGCUGUUGUCGGCUGUACUGUGAAUCUCCUUCAAGAUCCACAAACUGGAGCACUGCAACAUGAACGAUACUGGAAUGCUUUGAAAAGAGACUGGGAGGGCUUCAUCGCUAGGUGUCGAGAAAUAGAACGUAGCGCCAGGUGGCCUCUUGCUCUUGGUAUGGGAGAGCAGAAGGAUGAGGUGAUUAUUCUCGAACGGGAGAGAAUAGGUACUCUUGUGAAGGAGGACCUUCCUUUGCGCAUAUACAGGCAUAUUUCAUCAAAUCUCCCCGUAGAACCUCAUUUCGCCCUUUUGGACGUAUUAUGGACAUUGCGUAAUAAGCUUGGGCCUCAAGCGCUCUUGAACUUGGAGAGCAGAGUUACGGACAUCAUUCACCAGGAAAUUGCCUUCCCUUUCAUUGACAUUAUCCAGGACCAAGCCCAGCGGUCCAAUUUCCAGGACGACCUUGAUGAAGGCCUCGAGAGUUGGAUUAUCGGAAGACUGCAAAGCAUUGAAGAUAUUGAUAGAGACGCACGAGUCAUACUCGAUCUGGUUGCUGGCUUCGACCAGGAGGUGAAAAGGGAAGAAGACGAGGUAGAGUUGCUUCUUCCUCCUGUUCACUCAGAUUGGUCGACUGCUUCCACGGCGGAAUAUGUUUCAAUCACCCUUCAUGCACGAUACGACAUGUGUUUUGCCGUUGUUAUCUUACUCUUCUUCCUCGCCGAAGAUCUCGGACAGUGGGACCCCUCGUUACUUGAGGAAGUUUUUGCCGUGUUUCGGGGGCUCGCAAUGUUGCGCGCUGCAGCACGACAACCUGUGGCAGAUAUUUCUGAAAGGAAAAUAGCUACAGAAGAUAGUCUGACGGCGGACGACGUUAUCACGCGAAUGAGCAAUAUGCAAGUCUCUAGGACCCAUUCUCGUUUAGCACCAACCCACUCGCUUAUACAUUGUCUCCUAUCACAGCAUAACGAAACGGGCGAUCUUCCUGGCGCAGCACAUCGUUUUCUAGACAGUACUGGUCUGCUCCAAUCAACCUCCCCUACACACGUCACCAAAUUCGAGGUUUUGUUCUGCGAGCGCCUGAGACUUCUUGGUUAUUAUGAAGUAGCGCGGGAAAUGCUAUCUUGGCUGCCUAGGACCCCGGGUGUUGUUUACGUCCAAGCCCGUUUGUGGAUUAAUCUUGGACGCGUUGAUGAUGCUGCUUAUCUGAUGGAAAAGAUGGCAGGAAGCUUCGGCGAUAACAGUGGAUUAUCGUUUGAGGACGAUGAAUCACUCGCUGCCGUCCUCCCUGGAGCAGUUCUUUUUGACUCCGAGUUUACCUUCUAUUUGCAUGCUACAUCCCUAUUCAAAUCUGCUGCCUUAACCUAUCACGAAAUCUCAUUUGCUCGUCUCGCUUUAGCAACAUCGCCCCCACAUGUAGAUACCGCGGAACUAUGGUAUACCAUAAUCCGGGGUUACACCGAGCUGGGAAGGUUCGAAGACGCUUACUCGUCAAUCGUAACGACUCCUCAUGGUAGCUUGAAACGGGAAUGUGUAAGCCAUGUAGUCUACAGGAUGUGCGAGGAAAACUCGGUAGAGAAACUGAUGUCAUUCAAUUUCGCCGGCUUGGCAGCCGAGGUCGAGGAUGCCCUGGCAUUCAAGGCACGAAAUACAGACCCUCGCAUUUGUCCGUUCUACUCGAGGAUUCUAUAUGCUUGGUAUACUAGUCGAGGUGAUCACCGUAACGCUGCUCGUACCAUAUACCAGCGAGCACGCAAGCUUCAAGAUUUAGCCGCCAAUCCCGCUGAUUUUGUAGCACUCUCUGAAGAGCAAAUCGAGGGGUACUUGCUCGCUAUGAACUCUCUAUCCCUUCUAGACCAAAAAGGUGCAUGGUUUGUCAUUCCCGCAUCUCCUGAGAAUGGCUCUGAGUCGCGCAAACGGCGCAAAUUGUCAACGAACAUUCCCGCGAGCAGUUUUAAUGUCGACAAGCCAGAUUCGGAGAUCGUCGAGUUGAACGACAUUCAAUACGACCACGCGUUUCUCUCAGCGCGUUUGAACGUGAUUCGGAGGGAGCCGUCCUUGAUUUCGGCGGCGGAGGGACUCCUAUCUCCCGCAUCUAUAGUUCUGAGAUUAGGACAGGCUGGUCAAUUCUCGGUGGCAUUGGCUACUGCCCGUAGUCUUCGGGUUGACAUGAGUGACUUGUUCAGCAUAUUAACAAACCAGUGCCUUCGUCUAUCGCGAAACCCGGAUUCCGUCAUGCAAGAGGACACGUCUGACUGGCUACUGACAGAUAACGUCUCUUCGUGGCCAGGUUCACCGGCGGAUCGAGGAUGGCGGUUCCUGCGUCAAUCGCUCGAGAGACACGACAGUGCUGAAACUGACUACUCCUACAGCAAGGCAACAUUAGAAACUAUACUCGUAUUUGAUCGAACAACAGCUCCACCACCAUGGCUUAUUCACAUGCUGGAAGACCAUCAUCCUGAAUAUCUCAUUCGGUCGAGUCUGCGCUUUGAAAUUUUUGAGGGUGCUCUUGAGCAAACGUUAUCGCUCGUUCGAAAGUCUGAUGCACGACUUGCUCGUGACCCACCUAAAACUGCCUCGUCAACAUGGCUGCCUUAUACGCUCAUCGAUCAAGUGCUCAUCGCCGCCGCUUCACAAAACGAUCUCAGCUCACGAGGGCAAGCCCUACAGCGGGAACUGCAAAAAGAGAUUAGCAAUCGCGUGAAGCGAAUGCAAAAGGCCAACCAGUCCCUUAUCUAACUUUGCUAUAUAUCAUGCUCUUUUGCAAACCAAAAAAUAAAACUAUAUCUGUGAAGAAU